CUUAAACGAAGACUAUCCAGUGAUUGAAAAUGACUUCGGCAUACGUGCAGCAGCAGCAGCAGCAGUACAAUCAUUCUACGAUGUACGGUGGCGGUGGAAUGAUGGGUUCCGGAGCAGGAGCUAUGUUGGACACCUCGUCCUACAACCAUUACAACGGAAUGUCUGCCAUGAGUAUGGGAGGUUCAGGGCUCUGCUAUGGCUAUGGAACGGACAGUGCAUCCUCGGAGGGCUAUCACAGCCCAGGGCCGGUGUCGAGUCCUGAAUCGUACUUCAACAACACAAGUCCCGCAGAAUACAGUCCAUCCAGUCCGUACACAAACUAUGGAUACUGCAGUGGAGGAGGCUCUGGAUCGGGUGUUCCCAGUAACACCAGCGCCAGUAAUCAAAACGCAUCCUGCGAAUCAUACUACAGCUACGCUAAUAACAAUUUCAAAACUGCCUGCCCAACUGUUCCUCGCUAUGGUAUGACGGAAACGAGCACUACUUCCGAGCGUCCCGUCCUGCUAAACAACUACCAGAAGCGUGAGGAAAGUACACAACCACUCGCCUCGUCCCAAAGCCAUGCUCUCCAAUCUUCAGCUACUACUUGUGGUACUGCGAAACGGCCUGUUACUGUCGCUCAGCAUCAUCCGAUCGCUGGGAGCUACUACAACCCGUACACCGUACCGAUCGCUCGCAAUCGAGCCAGCCCGACACACAGUUCCAGCAGCUCAGUCUCGCCCACUCCUUCGCAAUCCAGUGGACAAUCGGUGGUCGUGGUGCAGCCGGAAGUAGUGAAGAAGCGCCGACUGGCAGCGAAUGCACGGGAGCGCCGGAGAAUGAACAGUCUGAACGAUGCGUUCGAUCGCUUAAGAGAUGUGGUUCCUUCGCUGGGGAACGAUCGUAAGCUGUCCAAGUUUGAAACGCUUCAGAUGGCCCAGACGUACAUAGCGGCAUUGAAUGAGCUGCUUUCGCGGGAUUAAGCAGCAGAAUAGAUAGAGGGUUUUGUAAUAUACUGUACAGGUGUAAGAAGUGGCUUAGUGGAGUGAUAUCAGAGGUGCUAU